AUGGCCACUGGUGCAGUGGUGGCCACUGGUGUAGGGAUGGCCACUGGUGCAGAGAUGGGCACUGAGGCAGGGGUGGGCACUGGAGAUGGGAUGGGCCCUGGAAUGAGUGCUGGGAUGGCCACUGGUGCAGUGGUGGCCACUGAGGCAGGGAUGGCCACUGGUGCAGUGGUGGCCACUGGUGUAGAGAUGGCCACUGGUGCAGUGGUGGCCACUGGUGUAGAAAUGGCCACUGAUGCAGUGGUGGCCACUGAGGCAGGGAUGGCCACUGGUGCAGUGGUGGCCACUGAGGCAGGGAUGGCCACUGGUGCAGUGGUGGCCACUGAGGCAGGGAUGGCCACUGGUGCAGUGGUGGCCACUGGUGUAGAGAUGGCCACUGGUGCAGUGGUGGCCACUGGUGUAGAAAUGGCCACUGAUGCAGUGGUGGCCACUGAGGCAGGGAUGGCCACUGGUACUGGGAUGGCUGCUGGGAUGGCCACUGGUGCAGUGGUGGCCACUGGUGGUGAGAUGGCCACUGGUGCAGAGAUGGCCACUGGUGCAGUGGUGGCCACUGAGGCAGGGAUGGCCACUGGUACUGGGAUGGCUGCUGGGAUGGCCACUGGUGCAGUGGUGGCCACUGAGGCAGGGAUGGCCACUGGUGCAGUGGUGGCCACUGAGGCAGGGAUGGCCACUGGUGCAGUGGUGGCCACUGGCGUAGAGAUGGCCACUGGUGUAGAGAUGGCCACUGGUGCAGUGGUGGCCACUGGUGUAGAGAUGGCCACUGGUGCAGUGGUGGCCACUGAGGCAGGGAUGGCCACUGGUACUGGGAUGGCUGCUGGGAUGGCCACUGGUGCAGUGGUGGCCACUGGCGUAGAGAUGGCCACUGGUGCAGUGGUGGCCACUGGUGUAGAGAUGGCCACUGGUGCAGUGGUGGCCACUGAGGCAGGGAUGGCCACUGGUACUGGGAUGGCUGCUGGGAUGGCCACUGGUGCAGUGGUGGCCACUGGUGGUGAGAUGGCCACUGGUGCAGAGAUGGGCACUGGUGAUGGGAUGGGCACUGGGAUGAGUGCUGGGAUGGCUGCUGGGAUGGCCACUGGUGCAGUGGUGGCCACUGAGGCAGGGAUGGCCACUGGUGCUGGGAUGGCUGCUGGGAUGGCCACUGGUGCAGUGGUGGCCACUGGUGGUGAGAUGGCCACUGGUGCAGAGAUGGCCACUGGUGCAGUGGUGGCCACUGGUGGUGAGAUGGGCACUGAGGCAGGGAUGGGCACUGUUGCUGGGAUGGGCCCUGGGAUGAGUGCUGGGAUGGCCACUGGUGGAGUGGUGGCCACUGGUGCAGUGGUGGCCACUGAGGCAGGGAUGGCCACUGGUGCUGGGAUGGGCACUGGUGCUGGGAUGGGCACUGUUGCUGGGAUGGCCACUGGUGCAGUGGUGGGCACUGAAGCCUCAUUGUCAGUGAGAAGAGGAUCUUCAGCAGCUGCCAGCGUCACCUCCUGUUGA